CCCCGUUCACACAAAAGCUUAAACAUGUUUAAAUCUUGUUUUACUAAACUGGUUUUAUUAAACUACCUGUUCACACCGCGGGCGCGUGUAGCCAAACAUGUUUAAAACCGUGUUUAAUAAAACUACCUAAAUGAGGUUGUUUAACUUUCGUGUUUAACUAAACACAUUAAAGAUGGCGGUUGCCAAAAAAACCCGCGGAAGGAUUUGGGAAAACCAAGAAACGUUAUUGUUACUACAGAAGUGGGGGGACGAAAAUAUACAAAUGAAGGUAAUAUCUUGUACCAGAAAGAGGCCUAUAUGGCAAGAAAUAAGUGGUUUUAUUCGAGCGGCAGGCUACGAAGACCGUGAUGAAGAUGCCUGCAAAACAAGAGUACACACAUUAGUAAGUGCGUAUCGCUCCUACAAAGACGAAUGUGAGAAGACCGGAAACGGGACUCCAAAGAGGAAGCCGGCGUUUUUCGACGAAGUCGAUGAAUUUCUCUCAAAAAAACCAUGUACCAAACCGAAGGUUGUGGUAAAUUCUUCAAAAAUUAUCAUUCAGGCGGACAACGAAGAAGAAGACAAUGAAAAAAUUAAGAACGAUGAACCAAACGAAGAGUUGCCUUCCUUCAGCGGCGGCACCAGCGUCGGCAGCAACAACAAAACAGCCGGCAAAUUUCCUCAACCAAACAAGGGUGAAUGUUUGACAGAAAGAACAUCAGAUGCUGGCAAGCCAUUUUUCAAACCCGCUACGAAGAAGCGGAAGGUGUCAACGACGGAUGCCUGAACACAAAUUGACAAGGCGUUAGAGGCAUUUGUUUCCUAUCAACAAGCUGCUGAUAGGAGUUUUCUUGCCGCAGAGGAGGCUCGUGAAAGACGAGAAGAAGAAAGGGAGGAGAGAAGAAGGAAGGAAGACCAGGAAUUUCUGCUGAAAUUGGCGCAGGUACUUCGAAAAUAAAAAGUACGUGUCUUCAACAAUUUAAUUUGCGAUCGUACCUGCGACAGUUUCAGUUGGUUUAGUUUUCGUCUUUAUUUAUGCUGUAAGUUGAACGAUGUUUCACGAAAUCUAAUGGCCGAUUCCCAGUCGUUGGAGAAGGUGCAAGAAAAAAAAGAAAACUAUAUUGAACUUACCGAUUAGAUCAUUGAUGUUGACAUGCUCUGGUUAACUUUUCUUUACUGGAACUAAUUGUCUUCUAUAGUUAUCUUCAAUUGA